CCGUGGUCCCGCCGACCGAGUGGCCGUCGGUCGUCUCGUCGCUCCUCAACCAGCGGCUGCUGAUCCAAGACAUGGCCGCGCCGUCGCAGGAGGACGUCAAGCGCCUCAACUUUUUCCGCCACACCUCGAGGCUCUAUGACGCCGCCUCCACCGCCAUCGACGCCUUCCACUCAGGAACCCGGGUCUCGGCCACCCAGAUGCCUUUCCCUUUCGUUCAGACGCUUUACGUCAUCCUGAUUGUUUUCCUUUUGACGCUGCCGCUUACUCUUGUCCGGUCGCUUGGCUGGCUCACCCCGGUUGCUCUCCUUCUCAUCUCAGUUGCCUUUUCCUCGAUUGACGCCAUCGCCGCAGAGCUCGACGAGCCGUUUGGGACGGACGCCAACGAUCUCGAUCUCGAUUUGGUCGAGCACGAGUUCCACACCACCAUCGCCACCAUGGUCGCCACUAUCGAGGGUGUUGAGGACCAGUUGGCCGCAAACUACCGUGCCAACCUGCCGAACUUCGCGCUCAGCGGCGAUGCCUUGACUGGCAAGGCGAACCAGGCUGGAGCCACCCAUGCUGCUGCUGCCGACGCCAAGCCAGCGCCACCAACCACGCCCAUGACACCGCAUCGUGACCCGCUCUCGGAGUUUACUGAUGACGGAUCCAUGUACGAAGAGUACGACGAUUUCGCCUCGGUCUCCACUGGCGCCCACAACGACUCCCACGUUUAGUGGCGCCAUCGGCCUCCCGCACUUGUCCUAUGAUGCUCUGGCCCGCCAACAUUGCUCCAUCUUGCGCCAACUCCAACCCGCACCAAGCCGCGCCACAACCAGCUCCGUGCUGCUACGUGGCAAACCGGCACCCACGUGGGUUCGCGCCUUUUGAGCGAUGUUUGCACACGGCCUGCAAGGACGAAGCUUCCUGUCCACGCGGGUACGCUGAAUGAGCCACACUUCACCCGCACAUACCUCCCGUCCACCCCUCUCGUACAUAUUCAACCUUACACAUACACAACAUGCACAUGAUUCCGUUGUACAACGCCAAGAGCAUCCCCUCGGUUAUUUUUCGCCGCAAAGGCUCAGUCUUUUUCUCGUCACGCGUCUUGGGCGUCACGGCGGUCUCCACACUCGUCGCCAUCGCCACCUGCCUGGCAGUCCUUAACACGGCUGGCGCCAGUUCGGACGAUGAGCAAGCGCUCAUCCGACCCGAGCUGCAUGCCCUUGUCGGCUUUGGCCUCACCUUCUUGCUCUCCUUCCGGGCCUCGAUUGCCUACGGAUGCUACUUUGAGGGCCUCACCGCGGCGACGGCAAUGCGAGCGGCGGUGACCAACGGCGUGGGCAUGGCACUCGGCUCGUUGCCAGACACCGCCCAGCGCAGCGACAUUGUGGUGCUCUUCCGCAUCCUCCAUCAGUCGAUGUGCAACGUGCUGCGUGGCGUCACCGGGCUGGACUACCUCGCCCGCGAUCUUGUCCAACCGGCGGUCGACUUUGGCCUCGCCGCCGCGGCGCCCCAGACCUGGCCAGCAGCCGCAGCGGCGCUCAUCAAGCAGCGGCUUCUCAUCCGCGACUUGGACGCACCAACCGAUGCCGACUUGAAGCGCAUCAACUUCUACCGCAACGUCUCGCGGCUGUACGACGCAGUCGGCACGGCGAUGGAGGCGUACCUUGCCGCUUCGCGGGUCUCUUCCACCCAGAUGCCGUUCCCGUUCGUCCAAGCGCUCUACGUCAUUCUCGUAGUCUUUCUCGUCACCCUUCCGCUCACCAUUGUCCGCGCCCUCGGUUGGCUCACACCUGUUGCCCUCUUUAUGAUCUCGGCGGCGUUUGCGUCCAUCGAUGCCAUCGCCGCCGAGCUCGACGAGCCUUUUGGCGACGAGGCCAACAACCUCGAUCUCGGCCGCUCCGAGGCCGCCCUUACCGACGACAUCACAACCAUGACUCUCGCCGUCAAGUCGGUCGAGUCGACGCUGUACACGCGGCUCAAAACGCAUGGCGGUGGCGGCAAGUCGGCAUCGGGCAAGUCGGCAUCGGGCAAGUCGGCGUCAGGCAAGGGAUCAGGCAAGGGAUCAGGCAAGUCGGCGUCGGGCAAGGGAUCAGGCAAGCAGGGCAGUGGUCAGGGGCGGCGUCAUCGGCCAAAGAAGCUGAAUGCCAAGGCACAGGCCGAGGCGCUGGCUCGGGCACAGGAGGAUGCAGAGGCCCGCAGGGCAGAAGAGGCGGCACGGGCGGCAGCGGCCGAGGCCGAGGCUGCUCGAGCGGCCGAGGCGGCACGGGUGGCAAAACAAAAUGCCGACCGUGAGUGGGUGGCGUGGCGUCGGGAGCUGUAUGCUGCAAACUCGGCGCCGGUUGACCCCGAGGCGGCAGCAGCGGCCAAGACCGGCAAGAAGAAGGGCGCGGCGUCGGUGAAAGGCAACACGUCGUUUAUCAAGAAGCUCCGGGCGUUCAACCUCGCCCAGCGCGACUCGCUCCUUGCCGACAUUGACAAGCUCAACAUGUCCAAGUUUGUGGAGGAGAUCGCGCCGGUCUUCCGCGACAUUCCGCUGGCAUCACGGCCGGCACACCGGCUCGCGCUCGAGAUCGCCACUGAGCUGCACAAGCGGUACUCGCCCAAGUUUGCCAGCUUGCUCGCGGACGCGCUCGUAACGGCUCCACAGGCUGGCAGCGCAGCGGGAACGUCGGGUGAGCCACCGGCGCGCAGCGUGGGCGAGACGCUCACCCUCCUCGCGUAUCUCUUCACCGCCGGGAUUGUGCCCAAGCUCACGCCGGUCCUCAACGGGCUCAAGGUGAUCAUGGCCGCCGACUGCUCGACGUCGCGCAAGUCGGGGUCUGGCGAGCCAAGCUUUGAGCAUGCUGAGGUGCUCGCCAAGUUUGCCGAGACGUUUGGUGACGAGCUCAUGGGCGUGGUACCAACCUCGCCACCGCGUGACGACUUUGUCCCGCUCUUUUCCGGCAGCAGAGCGGUGGCAAGCUACCUGCUUCCGGCCGACGAGCAAGGCGUGCUCCUCAAGAUGUUCACCAUCUACCACGGGCGGGCGGCAAAGCACCUUGUUCAGCUCCACGAGGCGCACCUGGCGGCAGGCACCGGCAGCGCGCCGCCGGCGCUCUACCCGCGGCUCUCGGCAGCGCUCUCGACCCUCUGUCGCUGGCUUAAUUUGGCGUUUCCAGAGCUCCGGCCGCGCGAGGCACCGUCUGUCCGUGCCUCGACCUCGUUCGAGUACGUGCAGACAACCGGGCGGCGACGGGAUCUCAACCGCGGAGACUACGUCGUCUUUCGCGAUGAGGACUCACGCGAGUUCUACCAGUCGCUCCGCGACUUGCGCGCCGAGCUGCCAGCAGUUGUCUUUGGCGCUCCGUCGUCGCUCUUUGACGACGACUUUCCCCUUGAGACGUCGCCGGCGGCGGUGGCGGCGUCUGCGCCUGCGCUGCUGCAGGCCGCCGCGCCAAGCACGGCGUCCGAGUUUGAGCGGUUUCUCGUCUCGCUGGCCCACCCGCCGUCGACCCGUGACAAGCUCGACGCGCUCGCGCUCGGCUUCUGCAACCUUGCGGCGGCGUCGCGUGUCAAGCGUGCCGCGUUUGUGACCCACGUCUUUGGCCUGCCCAAAGCCGAGCACGAGCUCCGUCUUUAUGCUCGCAUCGUGGCGCUAGUCUCGGGCGCAUGCUCGGACGUCGGCGCCUACCUCUGGCUCCUCCUCCGCAGCUCGAUCGCCGAGGCGCUACAGGCACGGCUCUCGGCCGACAACCGCGAUUUGUUUGCGCAGGCCCUGAGCAAUGCACACUUUGCGGCACAUCUGGCGCUGUUUGGCGUCAUCGCUCCCACCGAGCUCCUCGCACUUGUCGAACUGGCCAUGGCGUCGUUCGUCCCGCUCGGCGUCGAGGUCUGUGUUGCAGUAGUCGCGGGCGCCGGACGGCUGUUGUACGCGUCACCCGAGACGCAAGAAGCAACCGGCAGCGCCCUUGUCAAGAUGCGGCGACUGGCGGGCAUCGAACGGGUCUCCGAGUCUGCGGCGUCACGUGUCGAGGCCGCGUACUACUGCGUCCACCCGCCCGACUCGGCCAUUCUCCUCAACGAGCGCGCGAGCCUACCGCCGGCCCACGCCUUUUUCGAGCAUGUCAUGCUCAUGGUCCUCGCGCCCGAGACACUCGACGAAGUCGAGUCCCUCUUUCCGCUCUUUCCCUGGGGCGAUGCCGACGACUUUUACCCUUACGCAGUCCGUGUCCUCUCGUCGGUGUGGCGGUUCCGUCACGCGGCGCUACCGGACCUCGCCGACCUGCUCUCGGCGCUAGUCUCCUCGCACGAAGCAGUCGUUGUGGACGUUAUCGACGAGGUCCUCGCCAUGGCUGUCGAGGCGCUCGAGACACCCUCGGCAGCCACGCACUUACAGCGGCUCUCGGCGCUGUACGCCUUUGUGGGACACUUGUUCAACUACGAACUCAUUCCGACCUCGGCGCUAUUUGACGUGCUGUAUGCGCUGGUCACCUCGGGCCCGGGCGCGGUUGAUCCGUACGACACUUCACGGGUCCGGCUUGUUGUCACUCUCCUCUCGGUCACCGGAGAGUACCUGGAGGCCGGGACCGACGGCGGGGCGCGGCUCGACGACUUUGCGCUGGUCUUCAAGCGGUUUGUGCUCACUCGUGCGCCGCUCUCGCUCGAUCUCGAGCACGCGCUGCUAGAGCUGUUCGAGUGGCUCGGCAUCGGAUGGUCGCGCGAGCCAGCGGCGCUGGCCAGCCUCGCUGCCGACAUUGAUGCGCUCAGGCUCCGCCUCGCUCACUCGGGCCCGCUCUUUCGCCCACUUGCCCUCGACCCUGCGGUGCUCGAGGCCGAAGCCGCUGUCGAGGCCGAAAUCGGCGACGGAGGCGAAGACGUUGGUGCCGCCUGGGUUUCUGACGAAGACGACGGCGAGUACGAAUCGGACGACGACGACGAGGACGGAGACGACGACGAGGAAGAUGACGACGACGAGGAAGAAGACGACGACGACGAGGACGAAGACGAAGAUGACGACGAGGACGACGACGACGAGGAAGAGUACAUCGACUUUACCGCGCUCAUGCAGAGCUCGCUGAUGCGCAACGAACGUACAGCCGACGACGACCUCUUUGACGCGCAGUUCGAGAUGAUGAUGGAGGAAGAGAUGGUGCGGACGGUGGGCGCUAAGACAAGCGGGAGUGGCGGCGGGGUGGUGUCCGGCUGGCGGACGCCUGUGGGCACGCCCACGUACAGUGGGAGCCCACGCGGUGGCAGUCGGGAGGCAUUCCCCGCGCUCCCGAGUCGCGGGGCCAUCGGCGGCGGCGACAGCAGCGGCAGUGGCAGCGGCAGCGGGCCCGACCGCGAGACGGUGACGAGCUUCCGGAUCAUGACGGGGGCAGGCGACGUUGGCACGGUCGAGCUGCCGGCCAAUUCUGCGCUGCUGACCGAGCGCGAGCAAGCGGCGCGCGAGUCACGUGAGGAAAAGACUCGCCUCAAAGAGUAUGUGCUGCAGUACGAGCGGACAGGAUGACGUGAUUAAAAUCCAAGGUCGUCGAUGCAAA